GGUAAGCAAGGCCCUCCGGACGUUCUCGAGCCGAGUAUGGAGAGGCAGAGGGACCAGCAGACCCUGCCUGCUGAGGCCGAGGCCGAAGUGCUGGAGAGGGAGCCCUCGCUUAUGUCUUUGCUCCCUGUGGCGAUCAUCAUUCAGUAUGGGUUGUUGGCGCUCCAUUCGACGACGCACGAUCAGGUGUUCUACCUUUACCUCCCUCUGGGAGGACUCAACCUCAACGCAGGGCAUUUCUCGCAGCUGAUUGCCUUGAUGUGUUUGGCGCAGAUAGCCUACCAGUUCUACUUGUACCCG